UGCUACACCGCGCCGCACUGCGCGCAAGGCGCGCGCCUUGCGAUUCACCUCUUGGCGCAAUGGCGGCGGAUUUCAUCCUGGAUACCGUGGCGGUUUGCUUCGCGGUCUUCUUCAUGACGGCUCCGUUGUCUCAGGCCAUCGAUGUUUGUGGCACGCCAGCGAAAGUGCGGUACGUCAAUCCCAUCAACUUGCUUUGCUUCUCGCUGAAUUGCAUCACUCAGCUGGCCUAUGGUUUGUUCUUGCCGGUCCCACCUGUCGUUCCGUGCAACGCCUAUGGAGUCUUCGUUGGCAUCUUCAGCACAUCGGCCUGCUGGUGCUUCGCGCGCAAGGAGCCGCAUGCCAAGCACUGGGAUCGCACUGCUGCGUUCGCCACGGCUUUCACCGGCCUCCUUGCUGCGUUGAUCUUUGCCUACGCGGCCUUUGGGGGAGCGGCUGAUGUGGGCGUGCUGGGGAUGAUGGUGGGAAUCAUCAUGUAUGGCGCGCCCUUGUCCAGUAUGAAAGAAGUGCUGAGAACAAAGUCCUCUGAGACGCUCCCGGUGAUGCAGAGCUUCCUGGGCUUCCUGAACAGCAGCUGUUGGUUCACCGUGGGCGUGCGCACGGGGAAGGUGCCGGUGUGGGGUCCCAACAUCAUCGGCAUGAUGCUCUCCUUGCUGCAACUGGCGUUGAUCUUCAAGUUCCCCGCGAAGCCCGCGGGUGAUUUGGAGGAUGAGGACUUCAUCCCCCUGCUGGCAGAACACUCCUUGGCAGAUGUCGCGCGAGACACCAGCCGUGAGUGGAAGGAGGCUAUUGUGGAACAUAGCCAUUCCAUCAGCCUCUUCAUGAAAAAGUCAAGUCAGGACUUGGUUGGUCUCUUCUCUCACUCUCCGCGCGUGGACAACGAGUACAUUUCCUUGGACGGAGACGCUUGGUUCCAGAGCUUUGGGCCAGUCGGAUUGCCAUGGAGAUAUGCAUAG